AUGGCUCCAGCCAAGCAGAAUGGAGGAAGCACAGCUAUGCUGCCUCUGCUCAGAAAGGUGGUAUCCACUAGAUCCAAAGCAUCGAACAAUCAAAACCAAAAUCCCGACGAUCAACAACCGGUGGUGCCGCGUGGUAAGCGGAAAGCCGAUCACAGCCCACUAAAGAACGACCGGGGGGUGAAGCGAUCGGCACUCGGCAAUCUAACCAAUGCCGCCGUUCACCAGACGGUGGAACACGACGGAGGAGACCUGAAAGGUGGCGGCGGCUUCAAGGGAUCGAAAGCAACGGCGGUGUCGGCGGCCACGAAUGGCGGUGGCGCUGUUACCACCCUCAGCAAGCAAGCUUCACAGCUUAUGCAUCAACUGACGAAUAACAUCGUUAACAAAAAGACUGCUACCGGCAAGGCAACAACAACCUCCGGAAAGACAGAGGUCUUUACCAAACCCGAUCCAGAUGGACCGAAAACACGAGCGGCUACAAAGAUUCUGACACGCGCAGCAAGCCGUCAGCAGCUGAGCAUAAAGAAAACUACCACUAGCACUCGAACCACCAAAGCAGGCCAAACAUCGGUGUGUGAAACCUUGAAAGAGGAAUUUUCCGCUGUUGCCAAAACCAUCGUUAAGGUGGACAAAUGUUACAAAGAGGAGAAAUUGCAAACCACCGCAACCACAACAACCGCGGCGGCUGGUCAGUUGGUUAAGCCAAAGCGAAGAAUCUCCAAUGACUUUGAGAAGACUGACGAGAGCCUGUACGUGUCCGCCCUGGAGGAUAUCACAUCCAGUGGAUCGCUUCGGCUAUCGGACAACUUUGGAAAGGUUUCCUCCCAGUCAAGCAGUCCGAGUGAAGGAGUAAUCGUUAUAACAGAUACACCGUCACCGGACAAGCGGAUACCACUGGGAGUGGAAGACUAUGAUCAAUCGAACUGGAACGACAUCUUUCAGGUUUCGCACUACGCUCACGAGAUCUUCACCUAUCAGCAGGAACGGGAGCAGCAUUUUCUCAUUCCGGACUAUAUGGCCAAGCAGCCGCACAUUAGCAAGUGGAUGCGAGCGCUGCUCGUCGAUUGGAUGGUGGAAAUUCAGGAAUCGUUUGAGCUGAACCACGAAACCCUCUACCUGGCCGUGAAGAUUGUCGAUAUCUAUCUGUCGAGGGCCGAGGUCCAGAAGGACUCGCUGCAAUUGCUGGGAGCUGCCGCUCUCUUUAUAGCUAGUAAAUUCGAUGAACGAAUCCCGCCAACGGUGGACGAUUUUCACUACAUCUGUGACGGUGCGUAUCAGCGGCGCGAAAUGAUUCUGAUGGAAAUGACUGUGUUCAAAACAAUCGGGUACGAUUUGGGCAUUCCGCUGUCCUACCGCUUCCUGCGUCGUUAUGCUCGCGUCAACCGGAUCGAUAUGCCGGUGCUGACGCUGGCACGCUAUAUCCUGGAGUUCAGCCUGAUGGAUUAUGCCAUCGUACAGCAGCGCGACUCGAAGCUGGCCUGCGCAGCACUAUUCAUUGCCAUGCGAAUGAACAAUAUGCCCGGUUGGAACAAGACGCUGGAGUUCUACUCAGGCUACAAAAUCGAAGACUUCGCUGAGAUUGCCAUCCUGCUGAACAACAUCAUGACGAGCAAGCCGAAGGAAUCGCUCAACACCGUUCGGCACAAGUACUCCCACGAGCUGUUUUUCGAGUCGGCCAAGAAGCCUUUUAUCACCGAUCUGACCAAACUAUUCGACACAACCGGCUAUCAGGCGCCGGUUUCAGUGAAAAAGACGACAACGACUUCCGGAAACAACAACACCAGCAGCCAAUCCCACCAGAGUAAGUCACCGACCGCAGGCUCACCAACGGUUUCUUCCACUACGGCCACACCAGCCGCGGGAACAACAACUACGACUACAACAGUUUGA